ACAUUUGGGGUCCUUCUACUUCACGUGUGCGCCUGCUGCUCUGCCAUCGUGAGUGGAAACCAUGCCGAAGUCAAAGAGGGACAAGAAAAUUUCAUUAACAAAAACAGCCAAGAAGGGUCUGGAAUUGAAACAGAAACUAAUCGAAGAGUUACGGAAAUGUGUAGACACCUACAGGAACUUGUUCAUCUUCUCUGUAGCUAAUAUGAGGAAUAAUAAACUGAAAGACAUAAGGACAGCAUGGAAACACAGCAGAUUCUUUUUUGGCAAAAACAAAGUCAUGAUGGUAGCAUUGGGUAAAGGAGAAACGGAUGAAUACAAAGAUAAUCUGCACAAGGUCAGCAAAUAUCUACGAGGAGAAGUGGGUGUACUUUUCACAAAUAAAACAAAGGAUGAAGUUCAAGAGUAUUUCAGUCAUUUCAAAGAAAUGGAUUAUGCACGGGCAGGCAAUGUGGCACAGAUGGACAUAACUCUGGAUGAGGGACCUUUAGAACAGUUCACUCAUUCAAUGGAGCCCCAGUUGAGGCAAUUAGGACUUCCCACUGCUCUCAAAAAAGGAGUGGUGACGCUGCUGAAGGACCAUGAAGUUUGUAAGGAGGGGGAAGUGCUUUCUCCUGAGCAGGCUCGUAUUCUGAAACUCUUUGGUAUUGAGAUGGCAGAGUUUAUGGUGCAGAUAAAAUGCAUGUGGAACUCAGAAACGGGUGAAUUUGAGAACAUCGCUGGUGAGGAAGAGUCUAUCGAGGAUAAUGAGGAUGAAGGCGGCGAUGAUGCAGAAUGAACCUUCUGCAAGGACAAUAUCCUGCACAGAUCUGGUUUUAAAAAGCCAUUUUGGCAACAGCAGAGGGACAUUACAGUAGGAAUUAGUCGUUGUGCUGCCCCUUGGAGUUGAUGUAGUCUGUUGUUUUCGGACUAAAACAUGAAAGUCUGUCAUUCACCAUGAAUUUUAUAUUUGGACUGAAUUUUUGUUCAGUAAACACUGGCAAGAGGAGUCAGAACACUUGUCAUGUUGUCAACUUUUUACAAUCAAAUGU